CAGCAUCAUCCUCUUCUCCGACAUCACGAUCAUACUCAUCAUACCAACCACAGUCUCCAACAAUACACUUCUUUGAAAAUCUCUCGUCGAUCGCCAUCCACUGGAUAUGAGCCUUCCUCAGUGACCGCUCCCCACCCUCCGUCCCCCUCCCUAUCGUGAUCCAUCCACAUCAACACCCCGCCAGUCCUGGUAGUCUUCCUAUCCCUUACUGCCGGGGUUAAUUAUUCGCAAUCAUGCCCCGCGUGGCUAAUUCCAAGCAUCGCCGCUCCGGCGGUGCUUCCACCCCCCAUAAGAACUCGCCCAUCAAGAUCCCUCUCAAUGAUGAUAUGGGAGAGAAGGCCGCCCGCAUGGAGGCUCGACAAGCCCGAUAUGAUCGUCAGAUGGACCAGAUCAAAGCCGCCGUCAAGACCCCGUUACCCCCCCGCCGAUACACCAGCUACGAUCGCGGCCAAAGUGUGAGUCCGGGCGGCACGCCGCGGGGCUCAGGCAGUCGCCGCCGCGAAAGCGAUGUCAAUGGCCAACGCGCCGUCACCCCCAUGAAGCGCGUACCCAUCCUGGCCAACUUCGAAGAGUGGAUGAAGAUGGCCACCGACAACAAGAUCAAUGCCAACAACUCCUGGAACUUCGCCCUCAUCGACUACUUUCACGACAUGUCCCUGCUCAAGGAGGGCGACGGCGUGAACUUCCAAAAGGCUAGCUGCACUUUAGAUGGCUGCGUCAAGAUUUAUACCAGUCGAGUGGACAGUGUCGCGACGGAAACCGGGAAGCUGCUUAGUGGCUUGGCCGACAGCCGCGACCGAAAGGCGCGCGAAGCCGAUGCCGACGGCGAGGACGGCGAGGACGAAGACGAAGAAGGGACCAGGAAAUCCCGCCGAAAGGCCCGCACCCACGAAGCGACCCUGGCGCCCUCGUUUGCCGCGCUCCAACUGAAAAAGUUCGAACUCGAAUUCUCCGUCGAUCCCCUCUUCAAGAAGGCAUCCGCCGAUUUCGACGAAGGCGGCGCCAAGGGCCUCCUCUUGAACCAUCUGGCCAUUGAUGGCCAAGGGCGAAUUGUGUUCGACAGCAGCGACGAUGCGGCCGAGGAGACCCCGAAAGAGGGGGACGAGUCGCGUGAGUCCUCGGAAGAUCCGGACCAGCAGGGGACUCCCCCGCCGGCCAAGUCGGCCCCGGAGAGUACGUUCGAGGACAGCAUGGAGAUCGACAUCGGCCCCUUAGCCCGCCAAUUCUUUCCCGACCUGGAACGCCUGGAAGCGCAGGACAUUUGUCCCUCGCUCAAGAACUUGGACCUGGGAGAUCCCAGCGGAUCCUUGGAUAUCCCGCUGCUCAAAGCGCCCGAGGAGUGGCGACAGGACAAAGACCCCGGGGAGGACAGCCACAUGAAUGACCCGUCCGGCAUCAUGCUUGAUGAUGACAACGCGGUCGGUUUCGACGACGAUGAUGCGUCCUUGGCGGGCUUUGACCUCAGCGGCGACACGGGUUUCGGCGAUGGCGGCGAGGCCUGGGCGCGUGAAGCGGCCCUGGAGCCGAUGCUCAAGGUCCAUCGCGUGGACCAAGACGGCGAGGAGAAUCCCGACGGCGACGCGUUCGACAACGACGCUUACUCCAUCUCCCUUACGCACCAGCCCGACAAGCGAGACCAUGAGAACAUCCUCAGCUACUUCGAUAACGCGCUCCAGAAGAACUGGGCCGGUCCGGAGCACUGGAAGAUCCGCCGCAUCAAAGAACACACGGCGGCCACCGCGUCCAACGCAGCGCCCAAGCCACGGAAAGAGAAGGAACCUUUCGAGAUCGACUUCAACCUCCCUCUGGACCCGUCCGUUUCCGAGCUGAUAUACACCCCCGCCAGCUCCAACUCCACCAUCUCCCUCCCCAAGACCCAAUGGAAGACCAAAGGGCGCAACCUCCUCCCAGACGACAAGCAUUUUAACUCCCGACAGCUACUGCGUCUGUUCCUGAAGCCCAAGGCCCGGAUGGGUUCCCGGAAGCUGGUCGGCUCCCGGUCGUUCAACCAGCGACGGCAGGACCAGACCUCCGGCCACGGGGAGAUGGACGAGGCGUUCUGGGCCAAUCAUAAGACGGAGGCGAACGAAGGUCCGGAUGAAGGUGCGCCAGGCGCAUACGAUGCGGACUUCUUUGCGGACGACGACGGUCUUGCGUUCCCCAACGGCCUUGGCCUGGGUGACGAUGACGACGACAAUCUGCCGUUUGCCGAUGCCCGCGAGAUGCUGUCGCCGCCGCCCGAUGGGCAACCAGGGGCGGCGACGGGCGACGCGGGCGGGGCCACCGGGCUCAGCGCGCUCCUGAACAUGGUCGGAGCCACCCCGGGUUCUUCCCAACAGGGGGCUGGCGGCUACGGAUCCCAACUAGUCACGCAGGGUGGCCGGAGAGCGCGCCCCGACUACGUGGCAUACGCUCGGGUCGCCAAGAAGGUCGACGUGCGACGGCUGAAGUUGGAGAUGUGGAGGGGGAUGGGAGAGCGGCUCAUCGCCUCGUCCCAGUUCGACUCCGCCUCUUCUGCAGCGGCCGUCUCAAGUCCAGCUCCACCACAGCCAGACGACAGCGGAGCCGACGCACCUCCCAGCUCCUCGCCGCAGGACAAGGGUCUGAUCCCUGGAAGCGAGGGCGCAGAGGACCAGAACCAGUUACGAUUCACGCGCGUCAUGAACGCCCUCAAAACAGUCUACGCCCCGGAGACCCUCCGCGACAUCAGCACCUCAUUCGGAUUCAUCUGCCUACUCCAUCUAGCCAACGAACAAGGACUCAUCCUCAAAAACGACGAUGCCCUCAGCAACCUCGGCGCCGGCAAAUUAGAGGAGAUCUUCAUCGCCAAAGACGCGAACGCCGUCCUCGAAGAAGGAGCAAUGUAAGCGCCGAGGGGUCCAUGUAUAGCCCCCGGACUCCUCAGCUCUAUUCUCCUUUUUCCCUUCGUUGUAUGCUGUAUGAAAGAUGUUGCAUGACCUAUGGUAGUAUACAUGGGUUGCGGUUGGUCGAGUUUGAUUGAUUGAUUGAUUGAUUUAUGUCUGUGGGAAAGGCGUCAUUGGUAUGGCCGUGCUCUCUGGGUUGGGACGGGCGUGGGUUUUCUACUUGAUUUUUACUUUAUUUUAUUUUACUUUAUGAAACUGAACACAAUCCUGAUAUUCAUG